GCGCCGCCCGAGCGCCAGACGCGGAGCUGGGAAAAGGGAGGCAGAGGAGGCGGAGGCAGAGGCAGACCCGGGCGCCGAGACCGACCGACAGACAGACCGGCGAGGCUGGGCCACGCAGACCCGGCCCAGCGAGUUCCUCCCGCGACCCGAGCAAGGUCCCCGAGAGCCGGCCUCGGACUGGCCUGGGAGCCAGAGGCGCCAGAGCAGAUCCCGAAGCAGGCUUUCCUCGGUUUCCGACGAGGGCUGGCCCUUUGGAAGGUGCCUUCUUCAACAGCAGGACCAGGCAGGCCACCAUGACCGAGAACUCCACAUCCACCCCUGCGGCCAAGCCCAAGCGGGCCAAGGCCUCCAAGAAGUCCACAGACCACCCCAAGUAUUCAGAUAUGAUCGUGGCUGCCAUCCAGGCGGAGAAGAACCGUGCUGGCUCUUCGCGCCAGUCCAUCCAGAAGUACAUCAAGAGCCACUACAAGGUGGGUGAGAACGCCGACUCCCAGAUCAAGUUGUCCAUCAAGCGCUUGGUCACCACUGGGGUCCUCAAGCAGACCAAAGGGGUGGGUGCCUCGGGGUCUUUCCGGCUGGCCAAGAGCGACGAGCCCAAGAGGUCAGUGGCCUUCAAGAAGACGAAGAAGGAAGUCAAGAAGGUGGCCACGCCAAAGAAGGCCGCCAAGCCCAAGAAGGCUGCUUCCAAAGCCCCAAGCAAGAAGCCCAAAGCCACCCCAGUCAAGAAGGCCAAGAAGAAGCCGGCUGCCACGCCCAAGAAAACCAAAAAACCCAAGACUGUCAAAGCCAAGCCAGUCAAGGCAUCCAAGCCUAAGAAGGCCAAACCAGUGAAGCCCAAAGCCAAGUCCAGUGCCAAGAGGGCCGGCAAGAAGAAGUGACAAUGAGGCUUUCCUUGUGGACACUCCUGCCUGUCUAUUUUCUGUAAAUACUUUUCUCCUUUCUUCUCUCUUGAUCCUCAUCUGCAACCCUUUGCCCCUUUUCCUUCUGACUUUGUAAAGAGACAGUUUGUAUUCCUCAGAAAUUAGGGAAUAAUUCAUUUUUCCUUAACCAAUCACGCAAGGACAGCAACAACGAAUCUCAUCUCUGUAAUGAUGAGAAUGUACUUAUAUUUUGUUUUGUUGAUUUGUUACUAAUAUGCUUAUGGUUUGGGGAUUUGGGUGGGUUUGUGUGUUUUGUUUAGUUAGAUGGUUGGUUCACUCUGAAGGUAAAAGUCGGGGGGAGGGGGAGAAUGGGCAAGGCAGCUUCUUGUGGCUGGAUGACAGGGAGCCCAGGAAUUGUAAGGUUUGUAGGAAUACCUAUGAGGCCAUCGAGUUUUAAGUUGAGCACUGCUUGUGAGAGUUUCAGAACCUAGGCGCGGAGGAGAGGGGUGGCAGCAGCUGGACGGCAGAGGAGGGAGGUGGAAAAAAAACCCUCUCUAGGCUGGCUUCCACCUCCCAGUGGUGAGCAGUGGGGCGUCCAAAUCCAGUUUCCUUGUCACUUCUGUUAAGUCUGCCCCAGUGGCCUCCCUAUUGUCCUAGGGACGUGGAGGGGGUUGAAGUGACAGUUGGUCCGAGAAACUGUGGCUUCUCUCAGUCAGCUGGAAACUAGCCACUGGGGGGGGU